AUGGCUACGCCAUCGAGUAAAUCCGAUGUUCCUUUACAGCGCUGUCCAGAUCUGUACAUCAAAGUGGAUACACCCAAAGGUCGAGGAGUGUAUGCAACCAAGACAAUUCCCGCAAAAACUGUAAUCGAUGUCUGUCCGGUCUUAAUUCUGGGGCUGGAUGAGAACAAGACCCACAUCGAACACACUUCUUUGUACCACUACACAUACAACUGGCCGGUCGUAGACUCCAAUGGUGAUAAGCAAGUGGCCCAGGCCGUAAUACUGGGCUUGGGCUCCAUGUUCAAUCAUUCCGCCCAAGACCAAAACAUUGUGUGGGACCGAGACCCAGAACGCUUGAUCAUCACGUACAGAGCGUUACGCGACAUUCCCGUUGGCCAGGAGCUCUGUAUAUCAUACGGGAGUUACCUCACGUUCAAGGACGCAGAUGCUCCCAUCACCCCGCCGCCCGAAGAAGAGCUUGAAAUGUUCAACCAGAUACAGUUCGAUUGA